GAAUACGAGAUUUGGGCUACGACCAAAUCACCAUAGCUGGAGAUUUCAAUGCUCCAUCACUGAACCUCGGCUCCGGGUGUGCUAAGGGAAAAUUUGGCCGAAACCUACUGCAAACUAUUCGAAACACGGGACUGACUGAGAAUGUUGGAGACGACACUAGGUGGGGCCCUAGUGGAAAGUCAUCAAAACUAGAUUAUAUUCUAACUAGUGACCAGCUACUCGUCGUAAAGGUCACCUUUAUUAUCCCACUUAUCUCAACCCAAGCUUGUUAUAAUUCUGAAUUAAAUCUCAAUAAUUCUGAAAUAAUUCUAGCAUCCUAUA